GGGGAGCCGGGUGUGAAGGGAGCGGUUGGGAAACUAGGUCGUAGUGGUGUGAGAGGAGAUAAGGGAUCCCCAGGGUCAGAGGACCCCGGAGAGCCAGGGGAGUCGGGCUCAGCAGGGUCUCUGUUCCAUUCUGCCUUCAGCGUGGCCAGAGGCACCGCCCAGCCUCCAGAGAAGGCCAGCCCCAUCAGAUUUACCUCUGUCAUCACUGAUGUUAACAAUGACUACAAUACAGAGACUGGACGCUUCAGGUGCCGCGUUCCGGGGACGUACUACUUUGUGUACCACGCGUCGUCUGAGGAGAGACUGUGUCUGGUGUUCAAACUGGAUGGAACCAGUCUGGCCUCCUUCUGUGACCUGAAGUACGGGAGCACGAAGAGACAGGUGAGUUCGGGGGGUCUGGCUACGUACUUGAAGAAGGAUCAGGAGGUGUGGUUAGAGACCAACGAUUACAACGGCAUGACGGGAAAACCUGAAGGGAACAGUCUCUUCUCUGGCUUCCUGCUCUACUCUCACUAACCUGAAAGGAACAGUCUCUUCUCUGACUUCCUGCUCUACCCUCACUAACCUGAAGGGAACAGUCUCUUCUCUGGCUUCCUGCUCUACCCUCACUAACCUGAAGGGAACAGUCUCUUCUCUGGCUUCCUGCUCUACUCUCACUAACCUGAAGGGAACAGUCUCUUCU